AAACCCAGAGUACUAAACGUGCAAAUUUAUUAAAAAAAAUUGCAAAGUUGAAAGAUAGAGAGAUACCAUAUCUCUAAUUCAAUUUCUAAGGAUGCGUAUUCCCUCUUCGCCGUAGCUCGAGUAUUUCUAGACGGUGAGAUUCCAAUCAAAUGCCGCUUGGUCUAAGAUGCUCGGAAAUCAAAAUAAUGAUUCUGAAGCCUCUCUCAUUUCCAUCGAAUUUAAGGUACGCUACUAAAGCCCAGCUUCCCCUUAUCUGUCGACUCUUCUUCAGCACUAACCCCACCUCUGUCGACCAAGAUGUGGAGGUCGUUUAUCGCAUCAUCACUAGCUCAUCCUCUCCUGAAGACCUAAAACAAUCUAUAAAUUCAAGUGGGAUUUUUCUCAAUAACGAUUUGAUCGAUGAAGUUCUCAAAAGGUUCAGGUUUGGUCAUGGGAACCCCUUGCAAGCACUUGAGCUCUUUAAAUUCACUGCCAAUAGAAAAGGGUUUUAUCACACUCCGAAUUCUUUAGAUACCAUGCUUUAUAUAUUGGGAAGGAGUCGUCAAUUUGAUCAUAUUUGGGAUGUUUUGAUUAAAAUGAAGAGGAAAGACCCGUCUUUGAUUUCCUCACGAACUAUGCAAGUGGUUUUGGGUAGAAUUGCUAAGGUAUGCUCUGUUAGGCAGACUGUGGAAUCUUUUAGAAGGUUCAAGAAGUUGGUUCCUGUGUUUGAUACCAUUUCUUUCAAUGCACUGUUGAGGACCUUGUGUCAAGAGAAGAGCAUGGCUGAUGCUAGAAAUGUGUAUCACACAUUGAAGAAAGAGUUUAGGCCUAAUUUACAGACUUUUAAUAUACUUUUAUCAGGUUGGAAAUCAUCAGAGGAAGCAGAGUCAUUCUUUGAGGAAAUGAAGGAAUUGGGUGUCAAGCCUGAUGUUGUCUCUUAUAAUUCUUUGAUUGAUGUCUAUUGUAAGGGAAGGGAGAUGGAGAAGGCCUACAAGGUGCUUGAGAAAAUGAGAGAGGAGGAUAUAUCAUCAGAUGUGAUAACAUAUACUAGCAUCAUUGGAGGGUUGGGAUUGAUAGGUCAACCUGAUAAAGCUAGAGAUGUAUUAAAGGAAAUGAAGGAGUAUGGAUGCCACCCAGAUGUUGCAGCAUAUAAUGCUGCUAUUAGGAAUUAUUGUAUUGCGAGGAGGCUUGGUGAUGCUUCAAGUUUGAUGGAGGAGAUGGUGAGCCAGGGUUUCAGUCCAAAUGCUACUACUUACAAUUUGUUCUUUAGGGUAUUUUAUUGGUCAAAUGACUUGAGAAGGUCGUGGAGUUUGUAUAGACAGAUGAUAGAUGCUGUGUGCUUGCCUAAUACACAGUCUUGUAUGUUUUUAGUUAGGUUGUUCAAGAAGCAUGAAAAGGUGGAUCUAGCUCUAUUGCUUUGGAAUGACAUGGUGGAGAAGGGUUUUGGUUCUUAUACUUUGGUGUCUGAUGUGUUGUUUGAUUUACUUUGUGAUUUGGGGAGGUUGGCAGAAGCGGAGAAGUGUUUCUUGCAGAUGAUUGAGAAAGGGCAGAAACCAAGCAAUGUUGCUUUCAGGAGGAUCAAAGUUCUCAUGGAAUUGGCAAACAAGCAUGACGCACUCCAAAACUUAUCAGAGAAGAUGGCUAUUUUUGGGUCUUCAAUUCAAGUUCCCAAAGGAGAGGAACACGUUAAUAGGACAUUAUGUUAUAGACUCUCUUAAUUGUGGAGUGGAGCUCUGACUGGCCAUUGCAUGGAACAACUUUAUUGUUGCAGCGCACAAUUCAAGGGAGGACAGGAGUGUUCUUUGGUUGCUCUUUCUGUUGACUGAUACCGAAAAUUUCUUGCAUGGAAUUGGAGGAAGUGCAUUCUGAGGCGCACUAGACGGUCUGCAUGAAAUUAAUUUUUGUCAUUUAUGUUCUGCUUCUGCAUGGAAAACAUGCAUGAGAACUCAUCAGAUAACUUUUAGCAUCAGUGAACAUCCAAUUUUCUUGUUUGCUUCUUGAUCAUGCAAAUGAGGAUUUUAGCCACCUUUGAUUCUCAAGUCAUGCACUGAAUUAUGAGGAAGUUGGAGAAUUUUUCCUAUCUGCCAUUGUACAAGUGAUGUCUUAAGUAGCUAGCAUUUGUUUGGAAGACAAAACUUUAUUUCAUUAGCCUCCAACUAUUUAGUAACUAUUUAUUUUACUUAUAGCACAAUUCAUCAUAGCAACUCA